AUGGCGAAGUUGUUCGAGAGGAACCCGCGCAACGUCCGCAUCGCGUCGUGGGUGGCGGCUAUUGGUCUGUUCGCGGCGUGGUACAAGUACGAUCAAAUGAAGGAGCGUCAGUUUUCGGAGAAGGACGCGACCGAGUGGAACGAGGCCAUUAUACGCGUGCACCCGCAGAAACCGAGCAAGAAGAAUAAGCGCGACGACUAA